AAAAAGACAACUCAGGAGCGCACUGGCCCUCAGUCACUACACACUGGUGGAAAAAAUAUGAUCCCGAGAAGAGCUCAUCCUGCGCUCCAGCUUUCAACACAACACUUCCACAGCGACUAACUCCCACGGAGGACCGCUCACCCUGGUCGCUGUCCAAAUAUAUAUUUUUUUCCUUUUCUGUUUUUUCUUCUCCUCCAAUCACUUUGCACCAAUAUGUGCGUGGAAGGUGAUGGGUGCGAGCUGGAAGGCUGCAGCAAUUUGGAUGAGGUGCGCACGCUGUCGGGCAGCAUGAGCCCCGCGCUCAAAUCCAACCCGGAUCUGCACGCCUGCAAACCCGGGCAGAAAUUUCGAGCGGCGCUGCUCCGAUGCCGCUCGCCGGUCGUCGCUGCUGUGAUCCUCAGUUUCGGGAACGUCCUCAAUUACAUGGACAGAUGCACAGUAGCCGGCGUCGCACUUGACAUCCAGAAGGAUUUCGAGGUAUCGGACAGCGUGGUCGCCUUGUUGCAAACAGUGUUCAUCUGCAGUUUCAUGGUGGCAGCUCCCAUCUUCGGUUACCUGGGCGAUCGCUUUAAUAGGAAGGCCAUCCUGAGCUGCGGCAUUUUCUUUUGGUCCACCGUGACGCUCUUGAGCUCCUUCAUCAGCAAAGAGUACUACUGGCUGUUUGUGCUCUCUCGGGGACUGGUGGGCAUUGGAGAGUCCAGCUACUCAUCCAUCUCCCCCACCAUCAUCGGAGACUUGUUCACGAAUAACAAGCGCACCAUGAUGCUCUCUUUCUUUUACCUGGCCAUCCCUUUGGGAAGCGGAUUGGGUUACAUCCUGGGCACCAGCGCCAAGGUAGCUGCAGGAGACUGGCACUGGGCACUGAGGGUGUCUCCAGUUUUGGGGAUGACUGCAGCAGCCCUAAUCCUGCUCUUUGUGCCCGAGCCAAAGCGAGGGAGUGCCGACCAGAUGGGGGGACGCAUCAAGACCCGCACGUCCUGGCUGUGUGACAUGAAGACUCUCGCUAAGAAUCGGAGUUACGUGUUCUCAUCCCUGGCAUCUGCCGCCGUUUCCUUCGCUACGGGCGCGUUCGGGAUCUGGAUUCCCAUCUACCUUGCCAGAGCUCAGGUGGUGCAGAAGACUGCGAUUGCAGAGCCGUGCGACAACGAAGAGAUUUGCAGCAGCACAGAGAGUUUUGUCUUCGGGGCAAUCACGUGCAUCACAGGCCUGUUGGGGGUGCUCAUCGGGGCAGCCACCACGCGCCUGUGCCGGAAGAAGACAGAGCGUGCCGACCCCCUUGUGUGUGCCGUCAGCAUGUUGGGCUCGGCCAUCUUCAUCUGCCUUAUUUUCGUCGUGGCAAAGAAGAACAUCAUUGGAGCUUAUGUCUGCAUCUUCAUAGGAGAGACGCUGCUCUUCUUGAACUGGGCCAUAACGGCAGACAUUUUAAUGUUUGUGGUGAUUCCCACACGGAGAGCAACGGCGGUGGCGUUCCAGAGCUUCACCUCUCACCUACUCGGUGAUGCAGGAAGUCCAUACCUAAUAGGCCUGAUCUCCGACAGCCUUCGUCAGAGCUACGCGACGUCGUCGCUGUGGCGUUUCCUCAGCCUGGGCUACGCCCUCAUGCUGUGUCCCUUUAUCAUUGUCCUGGGGGGCAUGUUCUUCCUGGCCACCGCGCUCUUCUUUCUGGAUGACCGAGAAAAGGCUCAGAAUCAGUUGAGCCAGCUCUCACGGCCCUCCACUUCGGUCAAGGUAUGAUAAGGUGACAACGCAGCGAUAAAGCAGCAACCGAAAUGACAACGCGGAGAUCAAAUUCCAAGCCACACCCGUGCCCUCGUCCUCCAGGGCCGGCAUCCUCCCUUGCUGCUCCUCGUCUUAACGUGCCCCCGCGGAAAUGCCUCUUGCUUGAGACGCGAGGGAGCGUCUUGCCUCUCCUUGGUGACGCCUCGGAAAUCACAAGCGGGUGUGAGAUGGUGCCCAGCGGCGUGCCAAAGCCUGCCAACGUGACAGCUGGUGUCCACCUCACCUCUGUCUGUGAGGAUCUGCUGAACUUUCACUCGGAGAGGGAGGAGGUGACCUCCGUGACAUCCCCCUGAUGCCAUACUACUGAAUGCUGACCAUGAACCUGCCCUGUCUGUCUUAGCCUGUCUGUCUGUCUGUCUACUUGUCCGUCAGUUGGCUGUCAAAUCUGCACCAAGUGCCAUAGUGUCAUUACAUUCCUUCAGACUUUGCACUGACCACCCUCAUGACAUCACCACCGGCUAUGUUUACAUGCACCAUUCAGUCCCUCAAAUGAAAAGAUAACGCAAGCUCCAGCCCCUCCGCUUUCUCCAUCAUACGCGUGGAUUUCACCGUCGAAAGCCCGUAGAACAGACCAAAGCUGCAAACUUCAAAAAUGCCGCGGGAAAACCCGCAAGUGUACAUCCCUUCACAUCAUCUUGGGACAAAGGCAACAGCCGCGAUCAACCGGCCGCCACGAUCGCAUUUACAAGCAAGGCCGCGCAGCGUGUGUGUGUAAACAUAGUUUUCAUCCGAGAGCCAAAAAGUGUUACUGCACACGGGUCAGUGAAUCAGCCUUAAAGCGCUCCUGUCCACAGAGCAAACCAGCUGUUUCCGACAAGCCUCAGAUGCGUAUCCUUUUUAGCUGGGAGCACUUAAAUCAGCGUGUGUGCCAGAGAGCAUGAACGGGAUGGGAAGAAAGUUCUGCCAAUUAUUUUUCACGAUCUUUAUUUGGAUGUUUUUCGAUGUGAGGUCUGUUUUAAUAGUCGGAGGUUACUGCCUGUGAUUGUCUCAGAGGAAUCAAAAUGAUACAAUUGAGGUGGUUUUAAAAAAAAACACUGGAUUAUAUAUUUUAUAAUUUAUGGUAUGUACAUAUCCCCCCCCCCCAAAAAAAAAAAAAAAGAACGUUAUUAUUGUGACUUGGGGAUGUAUAAAGUGUUUUGAUGUAUAUGGGAAGCAAUACUUUUUUUUUGGGGGGGUGGAAGCUUUUUAUCCACACUGCCUUAUCAGUGAGCUGGCUUUCUCACUCUCUGAUGUUUGGUUUAGAAUUUCUGGACAAAAUACCCUCACAGAGGUUCUUUUUAAAGACAAGAGUUCAGUCCCAGCCCACACUGGAUAGAAUAACAUCUACCCCCUGUCGAUAUUUUAGCUAGCUCAUGCCUUGACCAGAAAAGAACUUUUGCCAUGAGCUGCAGCCAUUAGUUUAUUGCUGAAGGAAAUCUAAAUCCCAGACAGGAAAAGGAAAUGUUCCAACAGAUAAGCGAGGAUCACUAUCACAUUUUUUUAACUUCAACUAGGAGGGAAAAAAAAAAUUUAAACCUUAGUUUGAGUGUAAAAUCUUCAUAAAACAGCUCAAAGGAUCAUUUUCUGGCAGUAACUGGUGGAUGCAAUUUUUUUAGGAAACCUGAAAGCCACUAAUCAGAGUCCAAGUUUUGAAACAGGUGCAUGAAAAGGAAGAGGAGGGGGGUUUUGGGGGUGGGGGGGAAGCACUUUUCAGGCUUGCAAGG